AAGCAACCAAAACGUGCUGCUUGCUUUUGGACAUUGUUUUAAUCCCUUCCACUUCAAAAAAAUCCACGUGAUUCUCGAGUACUCCCUCUCCGAUCUCUUUCCACUGUGCCCUUCUUCUCCUUUUCCUCAUCAGCCACAGGGUUAUUGUCAUAAAUCAGCUUGAACCCUGCGGUAGUAUUGCCGAUAUAUGGAACCUGGAACCGAAAUGAUCGAGUCACGAACGAACUAGCGGAGAGAUGGUGGAUCAGAGGACGACGGUGAGUAACAAGGGACAGAAGUCCAAAUUCUCUAAGACAUGCAGGUUGUUGAGCCACUACUUGAAGGAGAUGGGCAGCCUCCGCGGUCUCGCCCUUCACAUGGCUCCAGUAGGUAAAUCUUUGGCACCCACAGCGACCAUGAACUUGCUGCCUGGAGUCGGUGCGUCUCGAGAAGACCAAACCCAAACUGAGAACCAUCAAAAAAGAGAGCCUCUGAAAUCGACGGAUCUCUUUCCCCAUAACUAUGGAUUUGAUUCAGAAAUCAAGCUUCUGCCCAAGGGACAGCUGACCAUCUUCUAUGGUGGCAGAGUACUGGUUUUCGACGAUUAUCCACAAGACAAAGCCAAGAAUCUGAUGCAUAUGGCACGCAAAGUGAAUACUAUUGGAGCUCAACACUUUUGUUUCUCCACUGCGGAUUGCCAUCCCAAACUUGACUCAACUUCUCUACCGGCUUCCUCUGCUGCUCCGGUGGCGGCGACGUCGCAAGUUAGCCUGUCAAUGGCCAUUGAAUCGGACAUGCCCUUAGCCAGAAGGAACUCCCUGCAUAGAUUCUUAGAGAAGAGGAAGUACAGCAGGAUCUGCACUAAGGCACCCUAUCAAAUCCGUGGAUCUCCUGCAUCAGCCAUUGAGGCCGAUCCUGAAUCCAGCCAAUCCUGGCUCAACCUUGGCACGCAGCGCACAGCAAAUAGCAGGCCUUAAUUAUAUUAGGAUGAGCUUAGUUUUUUCAUAUAUAUACACUAAUGCUAUAGUUCGGAUGCAUGUUCAUGCUUUAUUUCUAUGUGUUUAUGGAUCUUGUAUUUAGGGUUGUAAAUGAACCAAGCGUUCGUGAACAAGUUUGGUGUUCGGCUUGGUA